GGAAGCCUAUAAAACCAUAGUGAUCAAUCUACUACAGCAGCAAAGUACAAUAGAAAACUUUUCAAACAGUUUUUCAUUUCUAUUGGGCAUUUAUGGGUUUCCACGGGAAAUGGCUUUGUGUGAGUGUUCUUGUUCUUUGCAUUGUUCUUGAUUUUAGUAUGACCACUCUUGGUGAUAACAAGCUUGACCAAGAAAGGUUUGGUGAUGAUGAUUGUCGAUUUGGAAGAGGACCACGGUGUAGGGGUUGGGGUGGUCGUCGUGGUCGUGGUGGUUUCGGAGGUGGAGGUGGAAGAGGAGGAGGUUUUGGUGGUGGUGGAGGACUUGGAGGAGGUGGUGGUAGUGGAGGAGGUCUUGGUGGUGGUGGUGGAGGUUUAGGUGGUGGUGGAGGAGGAGGUAGUGGUGGUGGAGGUGGAUUAGGUGGUGGCUCAGGACAAGGUGGAGGAUUUGGUGCCAGUGGAGGUGUUGGUGGAGCAGGAGGAGGAGGCCUUGGUGGUGGAGGUGGAGGAGGAAGUGGUGGUGGAGGUGGAUUGGGCGGUGGCUCUGGGCAAGGUGGAGGUUUUGGUGCUGGUGGAGGUGUAGGAGGUGGAGCUGGAGGAGGCAUUGGUGCUGGUGGAGGAGGAGGUAGUGGUGGCGGAGGUGGGUUAGGUGGUGGUUCGGGACAUGGUGGAGGAUUUGGUGCUGGUGGAGGUGUAGGUGGUGGAGCUGCGGGAGGGGGCAUUGGUGGUGGUGGAGGGGGAGGUAGUGGUGGUGGAGGAGGAGUGGGUGGUGGUUCAGGACAAGGUGGAGGAUUUGGUGCUGGUGUAGGUGGUGGAGCUGCAGGAGGAGGUAUUGGUGGUGGUGGCGGAGGAGGUAGUGGUGGCGGAGGUGGAGUGGGUGGCGGCUCAGGACAUGGCGGAGGAUUUGGCGCUGGUGUUGGUGGUGGAGGCAUUGGUGCUGGUGGAGGCGGAGGAGGAGGUGGAGGAGGCGGUGGUGGUUCCAAUGGUGGGUCAGGACAUGGUGGAGGGUUUGGAGCUGGAGGUGGUGUUGGUGGUGGAGCUGGAGGAGUGGGUGGUGGUGGUGGUGGUGGUGGAGGCGGUGGAGGGGGAGGAGGAGGAGCAGGUGGAGGUUCAGGACAUGGUGGAGGCUUUGGUGCAGGUGGUGGUGUAGGAAGUGGAAAUGGAGCUGGUAUAGGUGCCGGUGGAGGUCAUGGUGGUGGAGGAGGAAUUGGUAUAGGAAUCGGCAUUGGAAUUGGAGUCGGUGUAGGAGGUGGCCAAGGAACUGGAACUGGUACCGGUACCGGUGUUGGUGGAGGAGGUGGGGGUAAACAUUAAACAUGGAUGGAUUUAUCAAGUUGUGUUAAUUUGGCUAAUGUUUUUACAAUAUACCUCAAAUCAAUUGUUGAUGUGAAAUAUGUAUUUUUUUGUGAUUAUUUUCGUAAAUUAUUUUACGGAAUUUAAAAUUUGGAACACUUCUGUUAUAAUUAAUGAAGAUUUUGCACUCUUAUAAUU